UAUGCAAUACAUUGUCAGAUAAAGCCUGGACAUUGUCAGAUAAAGCCUGGGCUGACUAAACUCUACCUGAAUUUUAAAGUCAAAGUUACACUGACCGGAGUGGGGAAAGUCAGAAAAAUGAGCAGGCGGAAUUGUUGGAUUUGUAAGAUGUGCAGAGAUGAAUCUAAGAGACCCCCUUCAAACCUUACUCUGGAAGAGGUAUUACAGUGGGCCCAGUCUUUCGAAACAUUGAUGGCUACAAAAUAUGGUCCAGUGGUCUAUGCAGCAUACUUAAAAACAGAGCACAGUGAUGAGAAUAUUAAAUUCUGGAAGGCUUGUGAAACCUAUAAGAAAACUGCCUCACAGUGGAACAGAACUUCCAGAGCAAAGAAGCUUUAUAAGGUUUACAUCCAGCCACAGUCCCCUAGAGAGAUUAACAUCGACAGUUCAACAAGAGAAGCUAUCAUCAAAAAUAUUCAAGAACCCACUCAAACAUGUUUUGAAGAGGCUCAAAAAAUAGUGUACAUGCACAUGGAAAGGGAUUCCUAUCCCAGAUUUCUGAAGUCAGAAAUGUACCAGAAACUUCUGAAGACUAUUCAAGCCAACAACAAUUCUUGACCACCACUCAAAAGUUUAAAUUGAAGAUGGUAUACAGAAAGUGUUGGUUUUGUUCUUCUCAUAUAAAACUAAAUAAAUAAAAUCAGAAAUAGAGUAGAAAAGAAAUAGAAGAAAUCAAGCCAUAAAUUGAUUUCUGGUUCUCAAAUAGAAACAGAUCCUGAAAGGACUACAGAACUCUUAUAACGUGAAUAACACAAUUUAUGGCACACCUAUGUAGCUCAUAGGUAUAUAUAUAUUAAAAAAUAUAUAUGGAGAAGGACAGUCUUUCUUCAUAAAUAACAUGUUGUUGGGAGCCAGCAUGAGGAACUC